AUGGAAAAAAUAAUAAAUAAAGAAAAAAGAUCAUCAAUAUUUUCUAAAAAAGUACAGUCAUCCAAAUCUGUUAAUAAAGGUCCAAAUAUUACACCAAAUUUGGGAUCACUUUCUUCGACACCAAUAUUAUAUCCAAUCAAUGAAAUUCAACAAUUUUCAAAUAUUUCUGAUAAUUUAUCUGAUUGUAAUGAUACAGGUAGUAAUUAUGAAAGUCAAUCAUGUGUUAAUUUAAUGUCAUUAAAUUUAGCAAAUAAUAAUAGUGAUAAUAAAAAUAAUAAAAAUAAUAAUAAUAGUAUUAAAACAAUUAAUAGUAAUAGUAAUAAUAAAAAUAAUUGUGAUACAAGUAGUAAUGCAUCUGGAACAUUUGAUCCUGAAUGCUUAAAAUCAUGUUAUCAUCAAGUUAAAGAUUUAAUAGAAAGUGUUGUAAUUGAAAGAUCAAACCAAGAUUUAAUUCAAGAAUUAUUAGCAUUUCGUUUUUUAAUUGAAAAAUUUAAUGUAAUAAUAAAAGUUAAUAGUAUAAAUAAUACAAACCAAGAAGAUACAGAAAUUUCAAAUAAAAUAAAAAUAAUUAGUAAUGAUUUAAAAAUAAAAAUUGAUACUCUUAGUUAUAAAUUAAUUAAAGAUAAUAUAAAUGAAACAAAUAGUAAUAAUAAUAAUAAUAAUAAUAAUAAUAAUAAUAAUAAUAAUAAUAAUAAUAAUAAUAAUAAUAAUAAUAAUAAUAAUAAUAAUAAUAAUAAUAAUAAUAUUAAUAAUAAUAAUAUUAAUAAUAAUAAUAGUAAUAAUAAUAAUAUUAUUAAUAAAAAUAAUAUUAAUAAUAAUAAUAAUAAUAAUAACAAUAAUAAUAAUAAUAAUAAUAAAAAUAACACUAAUAUUAACAACAAUCAAAAUGUAAAUUUUAAUAAUAUUCAUAUAAAUAAAAACAAUAAUAACUCUCAUAAUAUUCAAAUUGGAAAAAGGGUUUAA